UUCCGGCCGGUCACCAGUCGUUUCGCGGUGGUUGCGUCCGGCCCGCACCUGGACUCUUUAGACGCCCAGGUUGAAAGGUGGGGAGGCCCCUUACCUUCUGAAUGCGCUUCAGCGCCAUCCUUUCCGCUGCUUGGGUCCGGGCGGCCCAGCGGGGCUGCCUGAGGCGGCCCGCUGCCGGCUCGGCCGCCGCGCUGCACGCCGGGAACCGCUGUCUGCGCGUGCGCAACGCGGAGCACUGUGGGGCAGUCGUCGCGCGUGGCUCGUCCGAGCGCUGUUGGGGGUCAGGUCCUGCUAGUCAAGUUACUGUGGCCGCUCGCGUGGGGCUGUGCGGCGUUAGCCUCUGAUCGGUGAGGGCCUGGGCACAGCGACGCGCUGACUGCCAUAGGCUAUGCUCCUUGUCCUCUCCCGGACUCCUUCCCAGGCUUUCGCAUAACUCCUGAGGGUAUUCACCACCCUGAUAGAAGUGGAAUUACUGGUCAAAGGGCACUCUGAUUUGGGAGAAGUGGCCCCAGAAAUAAAACCAUCAGAGAGACGAACAGCUGUGGCAAUUGCAGAUUUGGAAUGGAGAGAAAUGGAAGGAGAUGACUGCGGGUUCCAUUAUGGAGAUGGUACAAAUGAAGCUCAGGACAAUGACUUCCCAACAGUGGAGAGAAGCAGGCUUCAGGAAAUGCUAUCCCUAUUGGGACUGGAGACAUACCAAGUGCAGAAGCUCUGCCUCCAGGACUCUCUGCAGAUCAGUUUUGACAGCAUGAAGAACUGGGCCCCUCAGGUUCCCAAGGACCUGCCCUGGCAUUUCCUCAGGAAGCUGCAGGCCCUCAAUGCUGAAGCCAGGAACACCACCAUGGUGCUGGAUAUGCCUCCAGAUGCCCGGCCUGCAGAGAAGGAGAACCAGAUGGAGGAGGAGAUGAUCUACUGGGAUCCAGCUGAGGACAUUGCUGCUGAUGACAUCUACUCUUUUUCUGAGCUACCAACGCCCGACACACCAGUGAACCCCCUGGACCUUCUCUGUGCCCUGCUGCUGUCCUCAGACAGCUUUCUACAACAGGAAAUCGUGCUCAAGAUGUCCCUCUGCCAAUUUGCACUCCCGCUUGUGUUGCCUGACUCAGAAAACCACUACCACACCUUUCUGCUGUGGGCCCUAAGGGCCGUUGUACGGACGUGGUGGUCCCAGCCCCCACGGGGCCUGGGCAGCCUCCGAGAGGACAGUGUGGUCCUAUCCAGGGCACCCACCUUUGCUUUUGUGCGCAUGGAUGUCAGCAGCAACUCUAAGUCUCAGCUGCUCAAUGCCAUCCUCAGCCCAGGCCGAAGGCAAUGGGACUGCUUCUGGCAUCGCGAUCUCAACUUGGGCACUAAUCCCCGAGAGAUAGCAGAUGGGUUGGUAGAAAUUUCUUGGUUUUUCCCCAGCGGCAGGGAUGACCUGGAUGUCUUCCCAGAGCCUGUGGCCUUUCUGAACCUGCGAGGUGAUAUUGGGUCUCACUGGCUACAGUUUAAACUCUUGACAGAAAUAUCCUCAGCUGUGUUUAUUCUGACAGACAACAUCAGUAAGAAGGAAUAUAAACUGUUGUACUCCAUGAAGGAAUCAACCACAAAAUACUACUUCAUUCUGAGUCCCUACCGGGGGAAACGCAACACAAACCUCCGAUUCCUGAACAAGCUAAUCCCUGUGCUGAAGAUAGACCACUCACAUGUCCUGGUGAAGGUCAGCAGCACUGACAGUGAGAGCUUUGUGAGGAGGAUCAGAGGAAUCGUGGGUAGUGUGGUACGGUCCCCCUGCAGGAGGGUGUCUGUGGAAGACAUGGCUCAUGCAGCCCGGAAGUUGGGCCUCAGAGUUGAUGAGGACUGUGAGGAGUGUCAGAAGGCAAAGGACCGAAUGGAGAGAAUCACCAGGAAGAUCAAGGACAUAGAUGCCUACAGGAGGGAUGAACUGAGGCUGCAGGGGGACCCUGGAAGGAAGGCAGCCCAAGUGGAGAGGGAGUUCUGCCAACUUCAGUGGGCCCCAGACCCACCUGAGAAGCACCGGGCUGAACUGAGGCGACGGUUCCUGGAGCUCCGGAUGCAGCAGAAUGGCCAGGAGCCUACCUCAGGGGUACAGGAAUUCAUUGCUGGGAUCAGCAGCCCCUCCCUGGGUGAGAGACAAUACUUCCUGAGGUGGAUGGAGUGGGGUCUGGCUCGGGUGGGCCAGCCACGGCUGAGACAGCCCCCAGAGACUCUUCUCACCCUGAGACCAAAACUCUGUGGGGCUUCAGACUUGAGUGAACCACUCUGGCCUGAGCCUCUUGGGGUGGAACAUUUCCUGCGGGAAAUGGGGCAGUUCUAUGAGGCAGAGAGCUGCCUGGUGGAGGCAGGGAGGCUGCCAGCUGGCCAGAGGCGCUUUGCCCACUUCCCAGGCCUGGCUGUGGAGCUGCUGCUGCUGGGGCUGCCCCUGGAGUUGGUGGAUGGGGGAACCCUGAGCAUCCCUGUACGUUGGGUCACAGGGCUCCUCAAGGAGCUGCAUAUCCGCCUGGACAGGAGGUCUCGGCUGGUAGUUCUGUCUGCCCUGGGAGUACCAGGCACAGGGAAAUCCAUGCUUCUUAACACCAUGUUUGGCCUGCGGUUUGCUACCGGGAGGAGCUGCAGUCCCCGGGGGGCCUUCAUGCAGCUCAUCACAGUGGCUGAGGGUUUCAGCCAAGACCUGGGCUGUGACCACAUCCUUGUGAUAGACUCUGGGGGGCUGAUCAGUGGGGCUUUGACCUCGGCUGGGGACAGGUUUGAGCUGGAGGCUUCAUUGGCCACUCUGCUUAUGGGGUUGAGUAACGUUACUGUGGUCAGUUUAGCUGAAACGAGGGACAUUCCACCAGCUAUUCUGCAUGCAUUUCUGAGGUUGGAAAAAACAGGACACAUGCCCAACUAUCAGUUUGUGUACCAGAACCUUCAUGACAUGCCUGCCCCCAGCCCCAAGCCAAGAGACAGGAGGCAGCUCUUGGAUCCACCCAGUGACCUGAGCAGAGCUGCUGCCCAGAUGGAGAAGCAAGGUGGUGGCUUCCGGACACUGGCAGGCCUGGCCUUCUGUGACCCUGAGAGGCAACAUGUCUGGCAUGUCCCUGGACUGUGGCAUGGAGCACCACCUAUGGCUGCUGUGAGCCUGGGGUACAGUGAGGCCAUUUUUGAAUUGAAGAGAUGCCUGCUAGAAAACAUCAGAAAUGGCCUGUCCAACCAAAACAAAAACAUCCAGCAGCUCAUUGAGCUGGUGCGGCGGCUGUAAGUGUUCAGGUGUGGAGGCUGCUGUGGUGGCCUAUUCUGAUGGGGUCUAGCAGGCUGUGCCCAGGCACCUGAGAGGCGGCUGGUGCCUGCUGCACACGAGAAGGAAGACCAGUGAAAGACAGUGGGUAGGGGUCUCCUAACAGUGUUAAGAAAAGAAAUAAUCUCACAGACCAGCUCAGAGAUGUCAUUGGGGAUAUCAGAGGCCCUGGGUAGGGUAACACAAGCAGUAAUUUGAUCCUUGUUCCUGAACCCUGUCAAGGCUCCUGAGGGUUGGCCCUCUGGACAGCUACUCCUUCAUUGGCCCCUGGAGUGGGGAACAGUUUUCCUCAGGUCCCAGAAGGCAGUGACAUCCAGUUGAGGUUAGGAGUUGUCCUGAGGAAGCAGAGGGCAGGCCUUGCUUCUACCUAACCCAAGGGUUGUGGACCAGCAUUUGAGGUUUCGGUGAUGUGAUCCUGCCCAUGUGUGCAAGGCACUGCCGUGGCACUGGGUAUAUGGACUGAUCUGUGAAGCCUUCCCUGACUCUUGCCGAGGAAGCAUUCAUCAGAAACCCUUUGUGUCCCAGCACUUUGUCAUACCUCUGCCUCAACAUUUCAUGGUGUAUUGUCACUCAUGUGUUUACUGUCUGGCCCCAGACUGUGAGCUCCUUGAGGGCAGGGACAGAACAUCCAGCUCUGUAUCCCUAGGGUCUGGCACACUGUAGGCACUUAAUAAAUGUUUGUCGAAUGAAUGAAUGCUCACAUGAUAGUAGUACACAGGUUCUGCCUCUCUGUGCCUUCACUGUUCUCUGUGCUCAGAGAAGAUAGCAGCAACUGCCUGAGGAGGGAUCUGGAGAACUGCAUAACAGAUGUGAAAUUGUUCCCUCUCUUUAAGCAAAGAGCCAUUCUUCUGGCUGUUAACUGAGAAAGGAACUAGAUGCCUUCACAAGAACUUAGGUAAUUCCAUCUUCGCCCCAUUUUGUAGGUGAUGGAGAAAGCCCCAGACUGCACACCUGCAUGGCAGAACACAGAGGCAUCAGUGGCAUACUCAUCCAUUGGCCCUUGCUAACCUCCACAAUAUCUAAAGAUCCCUGAGCCACCAGGGCAGGGCCAGCCUGACCCUUCUGAUGUCCUCUCCAGCGUCCUUCCCAGCCCCACUUAUCCACCAUUUAGGUCUGAUACUUGACCAGGGACCUUGGACUCCUGCCCUGUUGAUCCUCCAGCUGGAAUCCUAACCUGUGCUAGCCAUCCCCAAGGGCCAUUGCUCACCUCUUGUAAGCCUCAGAGACCCACUGCAGCCAUAUCACCAGCCCUAGGAAUUUCUUCUUGAUUCUCUGAGCCUUGCUACUUAGGCCUUAGAAUCUCCUUCUGUUUCUUAACUUCAGAGAAACUAGACCCUCUGCCAGGCAGUGGCCAGGGUACCUAGCCUGUUUCUUGUCCU